AAUUCAGAACUCUGAAGAAAUACUUGAAGAACCGCUUCAGCCGCUCUCUGACUGAGAUGAACAGUUACCACGGUAACCGCAGUCUGGUGGGCGGAGUCGGCCAGGGUUGGCCAAUGAGCGACGAGCCUGAGGACGAGUUCAGCGGGAUGGGAGGAGCUUCUCCGUCGAGCUCCGUCAAAGUAACUCACAGAUGCUCCAUCCUGUCCAACACCACGGUGACGUGUGACACCGGAGUCUACCAGUCUCUGCAGGCCUGGAAGGACCACAAGCUGCACAUCGACCACGAGAUCGAGACGCUGCAGACGAGGAUCAACAACCUGAGAGAGGUCAGAGGUCACCUGAAGAAGUCCCGCCCCCUGCAGUGUGACUGCAACAAGUAUCUGUACAAAGACAAGAUGAAGAAGAAGCUCAGGUACCGAGGAGGAGGAGGAGUCCUUCAUCCCUUCAGGAAGGGUGGGUCUCGGGACGAGAAGGCGUGGCUUCAGAAGGAGCAGAGGAGGAGGAAGAAGAUGAGGAAGAUAAUAAAGAGGAUCAAAAACAACGACACCUGUUCGAUGCCGGGACUCACCUGCUUCACGCACGACAACCAGCACUGGCACACGGCACCCUUCUGGACACUGGGAUCGUUCUGCGCCUGCACCAGUGCCAACAACAACACAUACUGGUGCCUGAGGACCAUCAACGAGACCCACAACUUCCUGUUCUGUGAGUUCGCCACCGGCUUCCUGGAGUACUUCGACCUCAGCACCGACCCGUACCAGGUACACAGAACCAGUUCCUGGGAGUGA